AUGGCUCGUGGAAAGUUGAUCGUGUUUGAAGGUUUGGAUAGAUCGGGGAAGUCGACACAAUGCGAAAGGCUAGUGUCCUACCUUACCGAGAAGGGCGUGCCAGUAAAGCAUCGCCGGUUCCCUGACAGAACAACUCCAAUUGGUCAGAUGAUCAACAACUAUCUGCAGGGCCAGACUGAACAGGAAGAUCAUGUCAUCCAUCUGCUGUUCUCUGCGAACAGGUGGGAAGCAGUACCAUCGAUAGAGGCAGACAUCAAUGCCGGAAUCACGGUCAUCAUUGAUCGAUACUACUACUCCGGCUGUGUCUACUCAGCAGCAAAGAACAAUCCCAGUCUUAGUCUCAGCUGGUCCCGUCAUCCAGAGGAAGGCCUUCCCCGUCCUGAUCUCUGUUUGUUCCUUGACAUCUCCGCCGAGGACGCCGCUAAACGAGGUGGAUGGGGUGAAGAGCGCUACGAAAAGCAAGAGCUCCAAGAUCGUGUUCGUCAACUCUUUGCCGAUAUGCGAGCGACAGACGAUGGAUCUGACUUUGUGACCAUCAAUGCUGGUCAGAGUCUUGAAGAGGUUGCAAGCGCAAUUCGUCAGCAUGCUGAAUCUUGCAUCGAGGCAAAGCUUGAUUCGAGCCCUCUACGGCGCAUUCAGCCGUGGUGA